AUGGCGCAAUGCUUCGUCCCAGGCUAUUUGGAUCCUUUCCUGCAGAACCAAGUCGUCAACGUCACCGGCUGCUGGCGCCAGACGCACGGCAAUUGGCACCGAGUGGCCGCGCAGAUGAUGAAAAAGCUGCUGACGUUCUUCGGGCGUAUCGACGAACUUACCGAGCCCACUCUCUCCGAAGAGCAGAAGCAGGCAGCCUGGGAUGGAUUUCAAAAGGUCAACCUCUGCCGUGUCUUCAAACUGGCGAAGGAUGUGGCUGCCUCUGGGCAGCCCAUGAAUUGGCAGGUCAUGCCCAUGCUGGAUGCGGCUGGUGUCAACACCAUGAUCACGGAUCUGGUGAAGGCCUUCGAGAAAGCAGACUCCAUCCCGUCACUGAGGCAGAAGAACGAUCCCAUGGUGGAGCUCCCGAGGCUGGGAUCCGGCUUUGGCGAUGGACAGUUCGGGGCCUGGCAAUCGGAACGGCUGGCGGGCUUGCAGCUGGAAGACCUGGUCAUCGAUGGUUCUUACGACGAGCAGAGCACUUGGGAAGACACGGCCAUCAGGAUGGACGUGGGUAUGAGGACAUGCCCCGUGAACCUGAAGGAUUUCAAGCAGGACAAGGGCAAAUGGUGGGACCCGUGCCAGGAGCUCAGUGAAGAGAACUUGAAGCGUACUUAA